GUACACGGGAGCGGCGAAGAAGAGGACUCUCGCAGCAUCCAUUAAAAGCAUCCCGUGGUCGCGGUCACACAUCGCCGCCGCGUCCGAGCCAGAGCGACUGCACGUCAGAGGGGAUGCCGGACGGUGGGUCGGUGGUUCGGUUUGGAGAUGAGCGGUCGGAGCCCACCUUCCCCCUGCUUGCUUGCGGCGGAGCGCGGAUGGACGACGGCGGGAGGAGACAAAUAAACACUCCACGUUAGCCUGCUAGCAUGCUAACCAGCUAGCUGUUAGCUUCCUGCUGUUUUUUUUUUUUUCCACCGAGGAGCCCCCCCACUUAGCCGAUAAACCCCCACGCCAUUCCCCGCUGAUGAGAGACAUGCUGGAGGCGAGGAUGACAUUUGUUUUCGGAAAAAAAGGUUCCCUAGUUGUCGUUUGAAGCGCCAGUUAGCUCUUUUUUCCCGUCAUUUUGCUUUUUGUGUCUUGUCUCCCACUGAUGGGGAUGCUAGCCGAGGAUGCUAACAGAGGAUGCUAACAGAGGAUGCUAGUAGAGGAGAGCACCUGAACACACCAUCAAGGACAUGACACCGAGAGAAUGAUCAUGCUGGAAAAACAGAGCUCGACGCAGGAGAUCGGCGAGGAGGUGGAGGACGACGCCGUCUUCACCAUCACGUUGAGGAAGGUGCAGCUCCACCACUCGUCCAGCAAGGGGCAGCGGUGGCUGGGCGUGGAGACCGACGCGGCUCUGAGCCUCUACGAGACCUGCAAGGUCCGGACCAUCAAGGCGGGCACGCUGGAGCGGCUGGUGGAGUACAUGGUGACGGCGUUCCGGGGCAAAGACUCCACCUACGUCACCAUCUUCCUCUGCACCUACCGCUCCUUCGCCACCACCAAGCAGGUGCUGGACCUCCUGCUCAACAGGUAUGCAAGGCUCCAGAACAUUCCGGUGGCGGCGGCGCAUCGCGUGUCCCAGGACGAGCGCACCGAGCUGAGAAACACGGUGUCGUCCAUCUUGGGUGCGUGGCUGGACCAGUACUCUGAGGACUUCUGGAAUCCGCCCAACUACGACUGCUUGCACCAGCUCCUGUCCUACCUGCACCUGCACUUCCCCGGCUCCGACCUGGAGCGCCGCGCCCGCAACCUGCUGGCUCACUUCCACCGUCGGCAGCAGUGCGAGCCUGAUUCUGACGGGGAACACAUCGGUUGCCCCUUCGCCACGCAGGAAGAGAGCGGCUUCGAGGACGAGCUCCCCGCCUUCAGCUUCCUGUCCUUCGACCCCAUCAUGGUGGCCGAGCAGUUCACGCUCAUGGACGCGGACCUGUUUAAGAAGGUGGUCCCGUACCACUGCCUGGGCGGCAUCUGGUCCCAGAGGGACAAGAAGGGCAAGGAGCACCUGGCGCCCACCAUCAGAGCCACGGUGGCCCAGUUCAACUCGGUCACCAACUGUGUCAUCGCCACCUGCCUGAGCAACCCGGUGCUGAAGGCCAGCCAGAGAGCUCGGCUGCUGGAGAGGUGGAUCGACGUGGCCCGGGAGUGUCGGAUCCUGAAGAACUUCUCGUCAUUACGGGCCAUCCUCUCCGCCCUUCAGUGCAACGCCGUCCAUCGCCUGAAGAGAACUUGGGAGGAAGUGUCGAGAGAGAGCUUCCGCACAUUCCGCGAGCUUUCCGAGAUCUUCUCAGACGACAACAACUACUCGCUGAGCCGAGAGCUGCUGGUCAAGGAGGGCACGUCCAAGUUCGCCACUCUGGAGAUCAACCCCAAGCGGGCUCAGAGGAGACACCAGCAGCAGAGAGACCUGGGCGUGAUGCAGGGCACCAUUCCCUACCUGGGCACCUUCCUGACAGACCUGGUGAUGAUGGACACGGCCAUGAAGGACUACAUGGAGGGCGGUCUGAUCAACUUUGAGAAGAGAAGGAAGGAGUUCGAGGUGAUCGCGCAGAUCAAACUGCUGCAGCUGGCCUCCAACAACUACAGCUUCACUCAGGACGGGCACUUCCGCGAGUGGUUCGCCAGCGUGGAGAAGCUCAGCGAGGCCGACAGCUACCAGCUGUCGUGUGACAUCGAGCCGCUAUCCGAGUCGGCCAGCAACACCCUCCGCGCCAAGAAGAACGGAGGAAUCAUGAAGCGCUGGAGCGAUCGACAGCUGGCGGAGGGCGCUUCCGGCGCCGUGGGUUCUCAUUCCAAGUCCUUCGACCAUGCCCACUUCAGGCCGUACCAGGGCGGCGGCGGCGGGGACAGCGGCGACGCCCUCAGCGUCACCUCCGUCAGCUCCAGCGGCUCUGACCUGGAGGACGUCAACGCCAGCUUCCUGUCGGACUCCCCGGAGGGACACGAGAGGAAGACGUCGACGCCGUCAGUCAAACUUUCCGUUUCUGCGUUGGGAAGAGAAGCGCCCUCCGCAGACACCACUUCCACGUUCUGGGAGUGCACCUCGCUGUCCUCGCUGGACACGUCCGGGAUGGGCUCCAGCUCAGGCUCCGCCUCCGGCUCCAGCACGGCCUCGUCCUCCUCCGUGUCCUCGUCCACGCCGCUGUCGCGCUCGCACAAGCGCUCGGCGUCGGCCGUGUCCAACUACUCCACGCUGUCGCUGCCGCUGUACAACCAGCAGGUGGACGACUGCUGCAUCAUCCGCGUCAGCCUGGACGUGGAGAACGGCAACAUGUACAAGAGCAUCCUGGUGACGAGUCAAGACAAGACGCCCGCCGUCAUCAGGAAGGCGAUGAUCAAACACAACCUGGAGCGGGAGAAGACGGAGGACUACGAGCUGGUGCAGAAGAUCUCGGAGGACAAAGAGCUGCGGAUCCCCGACAACGCCAACGUCUUCUACGCCAUGAACUCCAGCGCCAACUACGACUUCGUCCUGAAGAAGCGCGGCCCGGCGCGGCCCCCGCGCGCCAAGACCGUGGCCAGCUCCACGCUGCCUCGCAUGAAGCAGAAGGGACUGAAAAUCGCCAAAGGGAUCUUCUGAAGGAGGGGCGCUUCCUGUUGUGGGCGGAGCUCCACGCCAACAAAAUUGGACGUGGGCGGAGUCAAGUGGCCUCGCUUUGUUUACAUCAGCCAGCCGGGGAGACAUUUUGAUGUGACGCUGCUGGAGUGUUGCGCUUUUUUUUUAAUGUACUCCCGCAGCCUCGCCAGCUCGCCCCCUGCUGGCGCCCCCUGCUGGAGCCGAGUGCGCGCAAACGCCACAACUCCCAGGAGUUUGAAUAUUCCCGCACUUCAGCGUGCCGCCACAUCGUCCUGAACACGAUGAUUUCCAUCUCUCGAACGCUGGCACGGUCGGCGAACGUCCAGCAGGCGCAGCCGUGAGUCACAUGGCGCCGUGUCGUCUGCGGGCAGGAAGUAAGAGAGGAUGGGCGGAGCCAAAAAGAAGUGUGUGUAUAUAAAAACCUCCACUGUCCAGUGUUUCCUCUGAAGACUUUCACUUCCUGUACAGUUUUUGGAUUUUCUUUGGCCUCUCUGCUCAUGACGGUGCUGCUAAGUCUCUCCCUCAAGACGUCCACCUGCCGCCAUGUUGGAACUACUCUCAUACUGUCACCUUAAAAAGUACCACUUUAUUUCAAACAA